GAGGAACUACACAUGUGCGUCCGACAGUUGCAUUCCGGAAGACGCAUAGCAGCGGACUUGCGCGUUCUUCGGAAGUGCAACACUUGUACGUACGUUUUGGAGGCUCGGCACUGGAAAGAUGAGUGGGGACUCGGAUGGUAAUAAAGUGUUCCAUGAGCAGCUCCGUCUGCAGCAGCUGUAUGAACAGAGGCGAGAGGGUGGAGAGGAUCCGUACACAUACACUGACCCAGAAGACGGCACUCUGUACGACUGGGACCAUGAAAAGAGAGCAUGGUUUCCAAAGGUAAAUGAUGAUUUCAUCGCAGCAUAUCAAGCAAACUAUGGAUUCAAUGAGGAUGGGGCCCCUGAUCCAACUGCUGCACUCCCUUUCUCUGCAUCUCUCCCUGCCAAACCGGAGGAGCCCAAAAAAACAGAAGAACCCAAGAAUCUGGAGGAGAGCACAACCCAGGGAACAGCUAAGGAGGGAGCUCAGAAAGGAGAGAAAAGGAAAGCAGAUCCAGGAUGGUUUGAAGUUGAAAAGGACAAAAACACCAAUGUUUAUGUGACAGGUCUUCCUCCAGACAUUACUCCUGAUGAGUUUGUGGAGGUCAUGUCCAAAUGUGGAAUUAUCAUGCGUGACCCUAUCACAGAAGAUUAUAAAAUGAAGCUUUACAAAGACAAGGACGGGAACCAAAAAGGAGAUGGACUUUGCUGCUACCUGAAGAAAGAGUCUGUAGCUCUUGCCAAGCGGCUUUUAGAUGAGACAGAGGUUCGGGGCUAUCAGCUUCACGUGGAGGAAGCGCGAUUCGAACUCAAAGGACAAUAUGACGCAAACAAGAAGAAGAAAAAAAACAAAGAAUAUCGCAAAAAACUCCAGCAGCAACAAAAGCAGUUGGACUGGAGGCCGGAGAAGGCUGGGGACACUCGCAAAAGGCAUGAAAAAGUCAUCAUCAUCCAAAACAUGUUUCAUCCCAGUGACUUUGAGGAGGACCCUUUGGUUCUGAAUGAGUACAGAGAUGAUCUACGGACAGAAUGUGAGAAAUUUGGCCAAGUGAAGAAGGUCAUCGUUUUUGAUAGGCACCCUGAUGGAGUGGCAUCCGUGGCUUUUAAGGAACCUGAAGAGGCGGACAUGUGUCAGAUGGCUCUGAAUGGACGCUGGUUUGGUGGGAGGAAACUGUCAGCGGAGCUGUGGGAUGGUGUAACUGACUACCAGGUUGAGGAAACCUCACGAGAACGAGAAGAGAGACUGAAAACCUGGUCCUCUUUUCUGACUGAUGAGAGUGCAUCUGCCAAAGCUAAGGCAGACUCUUCAGAAGCAGCUGAACAACAGAAUCCCAGCACACAAGAAGCAGCAGAACAGACUCGACAAGAGGAACAUACAGACGAAAGCACUGCAAAACCAAAAGAGGGGAAAGAUGAGGAGGAGGGCGACGAGGUAGAGGAAGGAGGAGUAGUGUCGACCGAUAGCAGUUUAGCAGGAAGUGAUGAGGAUGCAUAGGACUCGUUUAAUGUCUCUUGCUAAAACAUCUUCAUACUAAUAUACAAUGCUUCCUUUUUUUUAAUUGUUUAUUCCCGUGAUAUGUCUGUGCAUUUCACCAUAUCAAAAUAAGGACAGUAAUGGAAAUUUGACAGUAAAUAGUCAUUUGUAUGUUUUUAUGGUAAUGUGUGUCAUUGUCUGAAUCAGUUUGAACAUCUAUUAAUAGUUUUAUAGUAAAAAUAUAUACAAAUA